UUAAAAUAAAUCUUAUUGAAAUCAAAAAAGUUUAUACCCAUGCUCAGUCAGUAGCAAAUUUAAUUGCUGAUCAGUUGAAAAAACGGCUUUUUUCUGGGAUGGUAUUAAGAAAUACGUUAAGUAAAUUAUCAUUCGAAAAGAGCGAAAUUAAAGGAGCAAAGAUUCAAAUUAAAGGUCGCUUGGAUGGUUCAGACAUUGAUAGCAACGUUGAGUUGAAAAAGAAAAUAGCAGUUAUGAGUUAUGGAGUAGUUGGUAUUAAAGGUCAUGGCAAAGGAAACCAAGAGGUCAAUUUUGGCGAGUUUGGUUUACAAGCUCAGCAAGGGGCUUAUAUUAGUAAUAAAGUAAUUGAAGCUGGGCGGAAAGUUAUCAGUCCAUUUGUCAAAAAAACUGUAGCAGUAGUUAAAGCCGGAACAAUUAUUUUCGAAGUUCAAGGAUUACCAAAAGCUAUUGCUUACAAAGUUUUGAAACAAGCUAGUUACAAAUUACCUAAAAAUCAUGGAAGAGUUAUUAGCAAAGUAUCGUUCAGCAUUGAUGAUUUUAAAAAUGAAAAACAAGAUGGCCAAAAAUAUAUUGGUAGAGUAGUUGGUUUAAAAAGUGCUAAGACUGCUACCGUGGAAUUAGUCUUUACUAAAUUGCAUCCUAAGUAUCACAAGCCAAUUAGACGAAAAAAAAAUUUCCAGGUUCAUAAUGAAAGUUUUGAUUUGAAGAAAAGAAAAAUAAAUACUGUCAUGCUACAAAAUGAGUCUAUUUUAAUGGUUGCUGAUAAUUCAGGAGCUCAAAAGUUGUUAAUAAUUCGUUGUUUGGGGGGGUCUAAUCGUCGCUAUAGUCGAAUUGGUGAUUUAGUAAUAGCUACCGUGAAAAAAGCCAAGCCUAAUUCUGAUAUUAAAAAAGGUCAAAUAGUGCUGGCAUUAAUUGUUACUACUCGGAGAUAUUUUCAUCGUCGCAAUAAUGUUUGGGUGAAAUUUAGUAAAAAUUAUGCUGUGUUGGUAAAAAAAGAAACCAAGGAACCAAUCGGCACAAGAAUUUUUGUUCCUUUAUUAACUGAGUUUGAUGAGUGA